AUGUCGUCGUUUUUUAUAGGACAUAAGGGUGAAAAUAAAAAUUUAUUAUUGGAACAAGUUAAAAAAUGUAUUGAUUCUUCAAUUGAAUGGAGAAAAUAUUAUAAUAAAAGUGAACCUAGUAUUUUUAAUAAAGAUUAUUUAAAAAGUAAAGAUUAUUUAAAAUUUAAAAAUAGUUUAAAUGAUAAUUCAGAAAAGUUAUGUGAUUAUUUAAAAGAUUCUGUUCAUUUUGAAAGUUUAGGUUACCAAUCCCAAAUGAAUGGUGAUUUAUUAGUACCUGGUAUUGUUGGUAAUAUUGCAGGUAUGUUGUAUAAUCAAAAUAAUGUUGCACACCAAGGUUCACCUAAAACUACAUUGUUAGAGCAUGCUUUGAUGAUAGAUUUAAUAAAAAUGGUUGGUUUUGAGUUGCCAAGCGAAGAAAUUUAUUAUCAGUUAAAUGUUGAUGAACAGGGAUGUAUUGAAAGGGAAAAGGAUUUAAUCAUUCCUUUUGGUCAUAUAACUUCAGGUGGUAGUUUAAGUAAUUUCGAAGCAUGUUGGUGUAGUAUGUGGGUUAAAUAUAUACCACUAUCAGUUAAAAAUGCAUUAUUAAAACAACGGAAAUUUAUAAAUUCUUAUAAUUUAAAUAUAGAGUUGGUUAGUGGUGAGUUUAAAAAAUUAAUAGAAAUGUCAUCAUGGGAAUUGGUGAACAUAAACUCUGAACAAGCAGCUAAAUUGCCAUAUCUGAUUGCAAAAUAUUGUAAUUUAACUUUAUCAGAGGUUUAUUCCACAAUUAAAGAAUAUCACCCAUCAACAUUGGGUUUGUAUGAUUUUCUUUUAAACAAUAAACUAAACCCACCUACAAUUAUUACACCAAUAACAGCUCAUUAUAGUUUUCAAAAAACAGCAACUGCUUUAGGAUUGGGUGUUAAAAAUUUAAUACAAAUACCAGUAGAUGAUAAAGGUAGAGUGGAGACUAGUAAAUUAUAUGAGCAAUUAUUGGUUUGUAUUAAAAAUGAAAUACCAGUGAUUAAUUAUGUGUCAAUUUUAGGAUCCACUCAAGAGGGAUCUGUUGAUAAUAUUGAAGAGAUAUUAUCAAUUAAAAGAAACCUACAAAAUUAUUUUAAUUUUAAUUUUGAUUUGCACAUUGAUGCAGCAUAUGGGGGUUAUUAUUUAUCAACACAAUUAGAUAAUUGGCAGAUGCAGGGCCCAAUUGACCAACCUGAUUUAUUUAAAAAUCAUAAUAUGGAAUUUAUAAUUUCAGAUUCUUCAUUCGAGCAGUUUGAACCAGAUCUAAUCUGUAGUAGUUAUUUAAAAAAGCAAUUUUAUAAUUGCAGAUUUGCCGAUAGUAUAACAAUUGAUCCUCAUAAAACUGGUUAUACACCCUACCAGUGUGCUUCAAUAGUUUUCAAAAAUUCAAAAUAUAAAAAUAUAUUAUCUAUAAAUAGAACUUAUAUUGGUAAUAGUUCAUUAUCAAUGGGUAUUUAUUCUAUAGAGGGGUCAAGAGGGGGUAGUUUUGUAACGUCUGCAUUUUUAAAUCAUUGUGUUUGUCGUCCAAGUAAAAUAGGGUAUGGUUUAAUCUUAAAAAAAUGUUUAUUGAUUUCAAAGCUAUAUAUUAUAAGGUUAUUGUUUUUAUCGUCAAAGGAUGAUCUCUUUACAACAUUUCAAAUUGGGUUUGAACCUACUAAAUCCCAAAUAAAAUAUUUUAAAAAUGAAUUAUAUAAUGAAGAUGGGUCUUUCAAAGAUAUUGAAGAAAUAUGUAAAAAUGAAUCACUAUUGCAACAGUUAUCAGAAAUUGGAACCGAUUUAGGUGUAGUUUGUUUUGGGUUCAAUUUUAAAUUACCACCAUCACCAUCAUCAUCAUCAUCUAAAGAUAUAAAUAUAAUUAAAACAAAUACUGAUUAUAAACAAUUAAUUACAUAUAAUGAAUGUAUAAUGAAAAGAUUCCACUACACAAACGGACCAGAAAAUGAAUUGAUUCUAACAAGUACAUAUUUUGACUCUGAUACAUAUGGCGUUGAUUUUGUUCAUUCAAUAAUAAAAUCAAUUGGUGUAGUUGAUAAUUUACCUUUGAAUUCAUCGAUUACCGUGCCUGCUUUACGUGGUUCCAUUAUGAAUCCUCAUCUUUAUAAAUAUUUAGAUAAAACUAUGUCUAUUAUAAAAGAUGAGGUAAACUCAAUUUCUAAACCUUUGUAUAAAUAA